AUGAGCCGGUUAAGGCACAUGGGCAAGAUUCGGAAACGACUGGAAGAUGUCAAGAACCAGUGGGUGCGGCCUGCCAGAGCUGACUUCAGCGACAAUGAGAGUGCCCGGCUGGCCACAGAUGCCCUCUUGGAUGGGGGUCCCGAGGCCUACUUGAAGGCACUGAGCCAGGAAGGUGAAGUGGAUUUCCUAUCCUCAGUGGAGGCCCAGUAUAUCCAGGCGCAGGCCAAGGAUCCAUCUUGUGCCCCGGAUGCUGCAGGGGGUACCGAGGCAGGGCCCCGGGGUCUGGACUCCUGCUCCGUACAGUCAGGCACUUACUUCCCCGUGGCCUCGGAAGGCAGCGAGCCCGCCCUGCUGCACAACUGGGCCUCGGCCGAGAAGCCCUACCUCAAGGAAAAGUCCAGUGCCACCGUGUACUUCCAGACGAACAAGCACAGCAACAUCAGGGACCUCAUUCGCCGCUGCAUCUCCCGGACCAACCAGGUCCUGGCCAUCCUGAUGGAUGUAUUCACAGAUGUGGAGAUCUUCUGUGACAUCCUUGAGGCAGCCAACAAGCGUGGGGUAUUCGUCUGUGUGCUCCUGGACCAGGGAGGCGUGGAGCUCUUCCAGGAGAUGUGUGACAAAGUCCAGAUAUCUGACAUCCACCUCAAGAACAUUUGCAUCCGGAGCGUGGAAGGAGAGGUGUACUGUGCCAAAUCAGGCAGGAAGUUCGCAGGCCAAAUCCAAGAGAAGUUCAUCAUCUCAGACUGGAGAUUUGUCUUGUCUGGAUCAUACAGCUUCUCCUGGCUCUGCGGACACGUGCACCGGAAUAUUCUCUCCAAGUUCACGGGCCAGGCGGUGGAGCUGUUUGAUGAAGAGUUCUGCCACCUCUAUGCCUCUUCCAAGCCUGUGAUGGGUCUGAAGUCGCCCAGGAUGUUCGCCCCGCUCCAACCCAGGAAGGGUCCUGGCGCCCCCAAUGGGCACCUCAGUGGCAGCAGCUGCUCCACCAGCGAGCGCGCGUCCUCCAACCCCUUCAGCAGCCUGUCCACCUGCAGCGACCCCCAGAACCGGAGUGUGUCCACAUCCUCCGGGCCAGGAAGUCCCCUGGCCCAGAACCCACCUUUGCCCUCCAGGCUUCAACCUUACCACAGCCCCUGGAGAGCCCUGGUCCCACAGGCCUCGAUUGUCCCCAGACCACACGAAGGCCCGCUUGCUCCCUACUGCAGCCUGGCGGCCUACAGGCCCACACGCCUGCAGCUCCAGCAGCUUGGCCUGGUGCCCAGGGUGCCCCCCAUCCGGAGGCCUUUUCUACAGGCCUCACCCCAUUUCUGAAGAGAACCUUCCCACCAUACACUGCC